CCUGCCCACAGAUUCCAAUAAUGCAGAGUGGAGCCUUUUGUGGUCCUUCGUCUUUCCUGAAUCAGCAGCAAGGUGUGCAGAAGAAAGUUCAGCUGAUAACUAUCUGCAUUUUGUUACUGGUUGUGUCCAUGUGUGCCUCCACUGCCCAGAGCAGAGGGCUAACCCAUCACAUCGAUAAUAGAAAUUCCAACAUUGACCCAUACUGGUAUGUGGAUCGAGGAGUGCGACCAAUAGGCCGUUUUGGGAAGAGGCAAAUGACGAGCAGCAGCAACGCAAGACCUGCUGACAAUCUGGCUUUGAUCCUAAAUAUGCUGAGAGAACAGAAUGCAGUUGAAUCCAACAGAAAGCAGGACGGGGAGCUCAUGUACUGACAACGUCUGUGGUUGGGUCACAGCUGGAUAAACAACUGUGACUCUCUCUCUACCUUGCUCUGUGAAACUUUGAAAUUACCAUCAGCAACUCUGCGAGGCUUGUAACCACCACUGUCACUCAUUCAAUGCACCCCUGUAUUUUCAUACUGUGUUAUUUUGUUCCAAGAAACAUUUCUGUCAUUUAAAUGACUGCUUACAGUUUUAAAAGCAUUUGUAACAAUGCAAAUCUCUAAAGAUAAAAUGAACUGCUUUAAAUAAAAAUGAAUUUCC